ACAGUUUGAAUUUUGAUGACGGAAAGAAAAAGGUUAUACACAGAAAAAGAGGGAAUAGGCUGAUUAAAAGAAUUAUUUAUUGAUAAAUAAAUCAAAUAACCUGUAGGCAAUUGGAUUUAUAUUGUUUUAGUGUAAAAAUAAAAUCGUAAUUUUCUUUUCGUGAAGUCUGAUACCUCAAAGAAGCAACGUGUCCUAGGUUAGGCCGUUAGUGAAACAUGUUAGUACAAUAUUUAGAAUAACAUGACUGAAAGAAAAAUGUGCAAGUUCUACAAUUUGAAUGUGCCUGAACGACGAUCUGGGGAGGGCGGCGCGACACAAAAUCACGGGACGAAUGAGGAGGAGGAGCGGAUCACAGACGAGGCGACGCCGCCGCCGGUCCCGCCGCAUGAGCACAAGUUGGAGUACAGCUACUGGAUGUGGUUCUCGCGGCGCCCGCCCGCCCGCGAGCUUUCCACAUCCACCACCGGCUACGGACAAGCUCUGCGGCUGGUGGGUCGCGUGGCGAGUGUGGAGCAGUGGUGGGGGCUGUACACGCACCUGGCACGGCCGGCGGAGCUGCCGCCACUCUCCGACUUGCACCUCUUCAAGCUUGGUAUCAAGCCCAUGUGGGAGGACCCCGCAAAUGUCAACGGAGGGAAGUGGGUGGUGAGACUACGCAAAUCGCAGACGGGGCGCGCGUGGGAGGAUCUCUGCAUGGCGAUGCUCGGCGAGCAGUUCAUGGUGGGCGCCGAGCUGUGCGGUGUCGUGCUCUCUGUGCGCUUCCAGGAGGACCACCUGGCGGUGUGGCACCGGACAGCGUCGGACACGGGGCUGGCGGCCCGCGUGCGCGACGCGCUGCGCCGCAUCCUGCAGCUGCCGCCCGCCGUGGCCAUCGAGUACAAGGCGCACGGCGACUGCCUGCGCGCCUCCGCCUCGCGCCACCACGACCACGAGCCCGAGCACGGCCCGCACGCCAGCAACCACGCCGACGCCGCGGCCGCGCCCGCGUCGCGCUCGUAGCGCCACGCCGCCCCGCGCUCAUAGCGCCACGCCAUCCCGCGUGACUCACUCACUUCUCAGCACAGACUUUCGCGAACUUGACUCGUGUGCCGCGCUUGCCGAAACCCUAAGCGACGCCGCGGAGGGGUUAACGUAUUUUAUAAACUUUUUGAAUUGGGAAUCGAUUUCGACUUUGGACUUGACACGUCAUUCGAUUCGCGAAGUCGUUUUUAACGAAUUUCAAAAGUGUUCUCUAGUAUCGAGUACGUUCACCCUCUCGCGGGUGACGAGUACCAUCUUUAUUUAGUCGGGCAAGCCCGCGCACAGUAUUAGAGUAUUAUUUAGUGAAAGCGACAGAUGACAAUCGUCAAGAAUAGUUCCUCGUACACUCUUGUGUCUUAUAAAGCAAUAUUAGUUUGGUUAUUUCUAAAGAGAUUGUUCAUACUUGCGAGUGGAAUGCAUUCUUAUGACGUAAUAAUUAUAGGUUGUGAAGGACCCUUAAAACUGUAUAGCACGAUUAGCAUCCAUUAUGAUUGUCAGUGACCUUACGAAAGUGUACCUAUCUCGUAUUUUUAUUAGACUGAAUGUAACAAUGUUUUUAAUUCGAUUUUACUUUGUAGUUCAAGUUCGCGAAUAAGCUUGCAUUGUAGGUGCCCGAUGAAUUAUAACCUGUAAAGAAGUAGCAUCACUAUGUCUACCGUUUUAUUGUGUACGAUCUUCCAACAGUUUUAACAUUGCCUUAUUGUAACUCAGUGUGUUGUUUUGUCAAUUUUAUUUUCACUAGUCAAGUCACGCCUUUUUAACUACCCUCUUUUAUUUAGCUGUGAAUCUGAGUGAGGUUGCGUAUCCCCCGAAGACAUGUCCUCACAAGAGCCUCCGAGUGAUGUACAUAUAGUGAAAUUCAGAGUAAAAUGAAUGUAUUUGUAAAGUUUGUGAGAUCGACAUGUUGCCAGUCCCCGCAGUUAUCGCCGUGUACAGUCAAACAGGAUUACUGAAAAUAAACAAUCAGACUUUGUAUACUUUCA